AUGCAAGAAUUACAAAUGGACAAUCAGCUAUUGCGAUCAUCGUUGAGAAAAUGUAGCACAAAAACUGAGAAUGACAAUGCUUUUUUACGCAACAAACAUGUGACGUUUUCUUGUCCAAAAAGCCCAAACGCUCAGCGACUUAAAAAAAUUCAAGGAAUUGAAGCGAAGAAAAAUGUAGUUGCACAAAGCAGUAGCAGAAAACGAUCCGUCGAUUUCAAUGAAAAUAACCUACAAAAAAAGAAAAACAAAUGCAAUGAGGGAAUUAUACGUUUGAAUGAAGUCCAUGAAACUCUAGUUCAAUAUAGUAAGAAGGUUAGCAAUGUGCGCUCGCUUAUUCAAGAAUUAAUUGAUGAUGCUAUUGAUUUUCUAUCUAAUUCCGUUUCUUUUAUUGAACUGUGCGUGGAAAAGGAUUUUCAGCGAUAUCAGGCACAGGUGGAGUCGUUCAGUUCUGCAAUGAAAAAGUAUGAUGCAAUUGUUGCGGGAAUGGAUAUAAGAUUAAAUGAGCUGAAGAAAAUUUAUGAAAAUACCGCAGAAUUAAAAACGCUCUAUGAUUUUUAUAAUAAUAAAAUGGACGAAAAAUGUCGAAAAAUAAAUGAUGAAAAUGAAGCAGAGUUGCCGCUUGCUGUUCAGUUAAAUCAUAUUUUGAAUGUUGUGCAAACUUUUAAUGAAGCCGUUCAAAAAUUCGAAAAAUUUCAAAAUUAA